AAUCAUAUAAACGUUCCCGGUCUCUACCAAAGCUUGUCUCUAUGCCAUGCUGUAGAGACCAAACCCAAUCGCUUUCGGUUCGUCGUUGGCGUUCGGCCAUCAACAUCAGUUUUCAUCCAGUUCGUGCUCGUACGAAAAGUGGUUGCGCAACCGAACCGAACGAAGGCCAUCAUGAUUGGGGAGGCCGUUUUCUUUAACCGAUUUUGCCCGUAGACUAGCGCGACCGGUGCCACCGCUUCUCAGUAGCCAACGAGAAUCGACCCGUUUCGGAACGGAUUUUUCCAGUCGGUCCAGUGAUUCGAGCCCAUAAACGAGAAGAAUCUUUACCCAGAGUGCGUUUUUUCUUCCGCUAGUGACCAAUUCCGUGGUGCGUCAUUCGAACGGUACGGUUGUUUCGUUGUUGGGGUUUGGGAAUCUCCGCGCGAUAUCGAAAUAUCAAACGUGUGUUUGCGGAAAAUAUUAGCAAGCUAUUUGUCUGUCCUAGAAAAAAGAAAACACCGCGAGUUCAAAGGUUUCGAACUGUUGUGUGUGAAUAACAUCUACGAGUGGUGAAGUAAAACAAAAAAAAAACAACAACAAACCACACACACACACAUUGCACAGUGGAGGACGUAAAACGCAAAAAUUUACGACACGAGGUCGAUUGUUAAAGAAGGUUCGCAACCUUUUUGGACAGUUUGAUCUUCUGCCGCCUUCGGAAAGCCUUCGGAAUUCCGGAAUCUGGAAGGGCCGUGUGUGUUUGUGCCGGUUAAUGGUGCGCCUGUGCUAAGAGACCGCCCACGGAUACCGAGUACUAGCCAGACGCACACAUUUGCUACUGGUUUUGCUCUCUCAAAAAAAAAACAAAAAACGAACAAAUUCAACAUCUGCGUGCUGUCAUGGGAAAAUAAACGGCAAAGGUCACCAAAAAAAAUCAAACCGAAACAAUAGAGAAAACCAAGAAAGAUAUUGUCUAGAACACAACAACGCCGACGUUUUCUUCCGCGUCAUGUAGCAGAGUUUGAGAUGUGAAAAAGGACCCUCGAGGAAGAAAACAUUCAAAAAACAAAACGCAAGUAACUAGAGCACACAACAACAACAGCACCGCUCGAUUAAAGGAAGCAAAUCAUUUUCCAACCGCUUUCCACAAUGGAUCCACCGAACUGGAUAAGAACGACUACUUCGGGUCGUCCGAGAGCACUGACACGUUGCGGCUAGUCGACCGUUGACAACUUCCUGUCCUUCCUCUAGCUGUCUCUCUUUCUUCCUAACAUUCCUACGCACACAAAGCAACAAACACACGUCUGUGGCAAGUAGAAGGGAGCAGCGAUUUGCACGCGUAAGACGCAAAUACAAGCAAACGGUUUGCCACGCAAAAGCAGCACCAUCGACCGAAAGGACAAGUGCAAAAUCCUUCACGGUUUAUUGUGCAGCAGAACGACUAGCAAAACAAAAGAAAGAAGAGUGACGUCUCCUCACUAGGCCUACCGAUACCGAUCGCCCAUUCCCGACGGUCACCCAACCGGACCAAUGUUUAGCAGCAACAGCAACAGCAGCAGCAGUAGUAGCAGACGGAUCACCAGCCUGGACCGACGACGACUGACUCAGCUAACAAAAUGGUGCACGCUUUUCAUCAUUUUAGAGUCUACGAGCGUUGGAAGCAGUUUAAUCACUUCCACCAGUAGUACCACCUCCACCAGCAGUACUGCGGCCCCUGCCAGCAGCAGCACUACCACAACCACCACCACCACCACCAGUAUCACCAGUAGCAGCAGUUGGCUGGAAGGUACGAGCCUCUCCAGCACCGGUGAUCCCUACUCUUCAACCACAGCCGCAGUUCCUUCCAUCGAAACACUGCCCCGUUUCGAAGCGCUCGUGCAAGAAAGUCCAAACAGUUCCCGGGGCAAAACGCUCCCACUGUUGGGUUCGGGUGCACUCAGAGAGACCUCGUCCCAGUCGAUCAUCGAGGGCGGUCAAAGGCUAUCGACCAGCAAGCGUGGUUCUGGUAGCAGUAGUAGUAACACUAUUAGCAGUAAAGGUAGUACCACUAGUACCAGCGUCUACGAUUCGCUGACAUCCCGAAGAUCGUCAGGAACCGAUGGCAUCAACAAACCCACCACCAUUGCACCGGAACCGGUGGAGAUGGUGGGUCCGAGAGGUAGUGGAACGAGCAGUAGUUUUAGUAAAAUCACUAGCGCCAAUCUAAUACUUGCCGAGGGUAGCCACGGUGAGUCCGGCAAGAUCGGACCGGGUCAGAAGGUGCCGGUCGGAUUCUCCAGCAGUACCAGUACCGGUAAGGUGGGCUCUGGAAAAUCUUCCAACACGAAAGGUGCUUCAUCGGAAGUGGAACCAAGCGGUAACAGGCUCGAGGGUGGCGAUGUGACCACAACGGAGGGUAAUUUCAGUAAAAUGUACUUCGAAACCGACAACCACACUACCAUUGCGUCCCAGGUUGGCUCGAUAGCGGUGUUGCCUUGUGCGGUGCGUAAUAUAGGUGAAGGGGUGGUAUCAUGGAUAAGGCGGAAAGAUUAUCACUUACUCACAAUCGGUGUCACCACCUAUAGCAGCGACGAACGGUUUAACAUCAUCCAUUCAGAGGACACGGAGGAAUGGCCACUACAAAUCAAGUAUGUCCAGUUACGAGACGCCGGUUUAUACGAGUGUCAAGUUUCAACCCAUCCACCGACGUCAAUCUUCGUUAAGCUGGACGUGGUCGAGGCAAAAGCGGAAAUUUUUGGUCCAUCGGAAAAGUAUCUAAAACCGGGUUCGAUGUUGCGGUUAACGUGUCGCGUCGUGCAAAGCAACGAACCACCGUUGUACAUAUUCUGGUACCAUAACAAUCGCAUGAUCAACUACGAUGCACAUCGAGGCGUAAACGUAUCGACCGAAGCGGACAAUCGGUACUCGGAGCUUGUCAUUUCACACACGAACACACUCAACUCGGGAAACUAUUCGUGCGUUUCAAACAAUGCCGUCGCUGCAUCAACGCUGGUGCACAUUUUGAACGGCGAAAACCCGGCAGCCAUGCAACACGGCGAUCAUGGAAAUGCGGUCCUGGUGGCAUCACAUAUUCAUCUGCCGCUGGCUAUUGUAACAUAUCAGGUCAUCAAUUUCGUCUUAAAUAUGCAUUGAGUUCACUGCACAACGAGGACAAUGCUGACUAAUAGUGGUACGUAACGGGUGUACGAAUGGUACUAGUGACGAAACAAAACCAAACGUACCAGAAAUCUACAUAAAAGUGUGUGCAUUCAAUGGGGAAUGCAAACAUUGGGUGAGGUUGUUGUAAUGGUACCGUUGCACACAGAAUAGAAAAAUCAGCUGCUCAGCUCUGCAGCUCUACAGUUCGGAUGAACUUAAAAACAAACUAGUGUAAUACACAAAUCGGGUCGAGAUUUAUUUCACAAUUAAAGCUCCACUCUAAACGGGAUGGAAAGUGGCCCCGUAAGUGUACGUAUGUCUGUAUGUGUAUGACGAAGAUUCGAUCAAACAUUUUCUUACACUUGCCAUGUGUAAGGUGGAUGUGUAGCGAGCCGUAUAAAAACCGUGAAUAAGCCGUGUGAUGAAUAGCGAGGACAAAAACCAAACAGCAAGUGACACAUUGUACAUAUAGGUAAACGAAAAUGGCAUAAAUCAAAUUUAACGUAGCGUUUGAUGUAACUUUGUAUGGUAUUUGUAAAAGGAUAGUAAAUAAACAUCGGCGAUGAAUUGCAAACUGAACAUACACCGGUAAAGCUAUCAACCGAAAAUCACAUUCUGCUCUAAACGGCAAUACAAAACAAAAAAAAACAAAGAAAAAACUUUGUAAAAAAAACAAGAUAUGGUUUUUACACUGUUUCUUUCAUCUUUUUCAAACAACGAGAUGAUUUUAAACACACUAUAAAAAUAACGUACCAGAUAUUAAAAAAAAAAGAUUAAGUUUUCAUAUCACAAUUCUUAACACAAAAAUCCAUUAUUUAAGAACAUAAACAGAAUGAAAUGCCACCAGUUUCCGAACUUCUUACUUUACUGCAACAGCGAAGGUUAAAAUGGAAAGGUGAAAGAAAUGUAAAACAAAACAAAAACGCAACUGUAAAACCCAUUUGUUCAUCUUUGAUGAGCAUUGUUUGUGAAGAAUAAACGUUGAAAAAAUGAUAAACAAAAAACUCUGUUAGCUAAGUGUAGAUUGGUACCGGAAACGGAAGGAGAAUUGUAUUUAAAAACAAAAUAAUAUUAAAAAAAAAACCCACAUUGAAAAACAAAAAGAACUAAUGAAAGGAUUCCCUCUCAACCGAACAGCAACAAAAGAAAAACACACCCCAAAAAAACAGUAGGUCUUCAUAAUACAGCUGACGGCUGCGGUAUAAGACGUUUGUACAUAAACCGAGAAACCGAGAACACGAAGCAAAUGAAAACAAUGCGCAAAAAAUAAAACCCAGAGCAGAAGAAAGUAAGCAUGUCCAACUACAAAUAGCAUUUAAUAAAUGAAGAGGGAAAACUCUGUACACAGAAUGAGAGGAGAAAAAACAAAACAAAACAUUUCUCGUCAAACCAAACAAAAUGAGUAGGAAAUAAAGAAGCCGUUAAAGAAACAACAACAACCAUGUGCGGAAUGCGAUAGAGAGGGACAAAACCACCUUUCACCUGAACUCAAAUGCAAAUUCGUGUGCAGGCGAAACCCCUUUUUUUCCUGCGGAUGUAAAUCAAACAUUCGCGUACCACUGUGAGAUAAAAGCGGUUUAAUAAAGGUAAAUAUAUUUGGAUUAUAA